UAGCAUGAAGAUUCGAUUUUUGUUUUUAUUUGAACUCUUCUGAGCUCGUGAGUGGCAGCGGCAGCAGCAGCGGCAACUCUUCGACGGAAGGACCCUCUACAACUCCUAAACACCAGUUUUCUGUUUUAUAUUCACUGUUUUAAUAUCUGUUUUAUCUUUAAGUUUCUGUAUAAUUGUAUUAUAUUUACUGUUUUUCACGUUUUACUAAUUAAUUGUAUUUUAUUUUCAGGUGACUGUAGCCGCUGAGGGAGCUCACCCCCAUACCGGUCAGGUAUGGAUCCCUGGUGGAGGAGCAGACCUCUUCCAACGGUGGCGCAAGGAGACUUUUCUUUCAGGACUCGUCCUGUGUCUCCGUGGGAGGGUGAAGAGCCAGCCGCCUGGGAGGAGCCCCCACCGUGUCAGCCCGGGUCCCUCGAGAUGCAGCGGAGGGCCCGCAUUAAAAUGUGGAUAGAAGGUCAGCCGGAGGGACUCCUGCCCACCUCCCACCCAGAGUCUUCAUUGCUUUCGACUACACCUGCAAGGUAUGGCUGCAAGACUCUGGUGGCGAUUGCGGAGGCAGAACCCUGGAACAGGUUGGACACUACUGGUCCAGUUGCACAGUAUCAGGAAGCCCGGAUCACGUCCCUCACCACCACCCACCACCCGAAGACAUUCAGCCAGUCAGACGGCCCGAUGCUGGUGGCAGAGGCGGAUCCUUUUUACAGGCUCGACACCACUGGACCAGUGGCCAGGAUUAUCCCAGGUCCAGCUGCACAGGCUGUGGCUGACUUGGAGGAUGACAGUGAAGAGGAGGAGUUUCUGGAGCUAGCUCCUAUAGCACAGUGGGAGGAAGCAGAGGUAGCAUCCCUUACCGCCACCUGCCACACGGAGACAUCCAGCCAGUCAGGUGUCGAUGUCCUGGUGCUGGAUGCAGAGUCUGAGCCAGUGCCAGUUGCACAGGCUGAGGGGGAUCGGGGCAGCGUGGAGGUCGUGGUGGAGAGCAUAGAAACAGCUCCCAAAAACAAGAGAGGAUGGCUACAGCGCUGUCAGAGACUCUGGAGGAGCACAGCCUCUACCUUUCUUUCCUGCUGUCCUUACAGGGUCAAUAGAUAUAACAAAAAAUGGAGAGGAUAGAUAGAUAAAUGGACAGAUUAAUAGAAAGGGGAGGACAGAUCAAU